AACCCUUGUGCUUUCUUUGCAGUUUGCAAGUACACAGUCCACGAACGAUGUGCCUCCAAAGCUCCCUCCUGCUGUAUCCGAACGUACGCAAAAUCCAUCAAGGACACCAACGUCAUGAAACACAUGUGGGUCGAAGGGAACUGUAACAUCACCUGUGGGAGUUGCCAAAAAACCAUAAAGAGCUUUCAACGGCUGACCGGCCUUCACUGUGUCUGGUGUCACAACACGCUCCAUAAUGAAUGUGCACUGAAAGAGAAGGAUGACUGUGACUGUGGCUCGUUACGGGAUCACGUGCUCCCUCCCUCUGCGAUAUAUCCCGUCGUCCUGGACAGGCAGAACAGUCUGAAGAAAAAGGAGGACGAUGUCUCAGCCAUCGACACAGAGCAGCCCAUCACCACUGUGGAUGGCAAAGUCUUGCAG